AUGUCCUGCUUUGCUCUCCUCCUCUGCUUCCUCCGCUUCCUAACCACCGCCCUUUCUGCCACUCCUCCUUACCUGCCCACAGACCAAAUCCUCCUCAACUGUGGCUCAGAGUCAAGCAGAACAGAUGACAACGAACGUACUUGGGACGGUGAUGCUCGUUCCAAGUAUGCACCACCGAACAUCGCCACCACGUCUAUAGCCUCCAAACCAACAGAACAAGGCCCUUCUGUCCCGAAUGGCGCCCCUUACACCACAACUCGUAUUUUCCAAUCCCAAUUCACCUACACUUUUCCAGUCCUGGCCGGACCCAAAUUUCUCCGCCUCUACUUUUACUCCGCCACCUACUCCGGCCUUGAUAAAAACGUAUCUUUCAACAAAAAUGAAUCCUUCUUUACAGUCACUGCCAAUGAAUUCACACUUUUGAGCAAUUUCACAAACCCUGAUCCUAUACAGUUGGCCCUGGACAAUAAGCCCCCAAAGAUGAAUAGUAAAGGAUCAUCUUUGCUUCAUUAUGUUUUCGGGAGUGUGGCUGGAGUUCUAGUUGUACUCUUAUUUAUCAGCUUCAUCAUUUUUCGGCGUCGCAGAAGGGAGAGAGGCACCAGGACAAAUGCCACGAAGUCAUCACGGGUCCCACCUUCGUCCACGUCAAAAUCAGCCACGAAGACCAGUGGUUCGGCACCCACAAUAAUCAUGUCCUGCUUUGCUCUCCUCUUCUGCUUCUUCCUCCGCUUCCUAACCACCGCCCUCUCUGCCGCUCCUCCUUACCGGCCCAAAGACCAAAUCCUCCUCUGCUGCGGCUCAGAGUCAAGUAGAACAGAUGACAACGAACGUAGUUGGGACGGUGAUGCUCGUUCCAAGUAUGCACUUCCAAACAUCGCCACGACGUCUAUAGCCUCCGAACCAACAGAACAAGUCCCUUCUGUCUCGAAUCUCGCCCCUUACACGACAGCUCGUAUUUUCCAAUCCCAGUUCACCUACACUUUUCCAGUCCAGGCCGGACCCNCAAACUAUGUCACCUGGGUUAGUGAUGAUGGCAGCCAUGGAGAGAAAAACCUGGGCCUUUCUUUGUUCCCAAACACUAUGCACCAUCCUAUGUACAACAAUGCGCUCUUAAAUGGCUUAGAAAUCUUCAAACUCAGUAAAUCUAGUCAUAGUCUUGCUGCAGCCAACCUGGAACCUAUUCUGAAUUCUUCACCGCCAGGACCAGAUAUUAGCUCAGAGAAGAAGAGAAGUACAGAUACGUCUCAUGUACUUUAUCCUGUUAUUGGGAGCGUGACUGGCUUUGUUCUUGUGCUAUUAUUAGUCAGCUUCAUGAUUUUUCGGCACUGCCAAAGGUUGCAGGAGGCGGUCGAGAACAGAGACAAUGAUUUGGUGGUGGUGGACUGUAGUGGCGUGCCGAUAUUCCCAUUGCACACACUACUUCAGCAAGGAGAACCAAUCACAGACGAAAUAUUUUCUGGCUCCGAGGAAGUUACCUCCAAUACGCUGCUAGCAGCAACAUUUUGA